UCGCUAGAUCCCCGCCCCGCUUCGUUCCUGCGUUGUUUGGGGACAGUAGGAAGAUGGCGGCGGCCCCGCUGUACUGUGUCUGCCGGCAGCCGUACGAUGUGAGCCGGUUUAUGAUCGAAUGCGACAUCUGUAAGGACUGGUUUCAUGGCAGCUGCGUGCACGUGGAGGAGCAUCAUGCUGUGGAUAUCGACGUCUACCACUGUCCCAACUGUGAUGUCCAACACGGACCCUCCCUGAUGAAAAAACGCAACAACUGGCACCGGCAUGACUACACAGAGCAUGACAACGGAUCCAGACCAGUGCAAGCUGGGACGCCAGUCUUUGUUAAGCAGCUGCAGAGCAGGGCCUUUGCCAGCGCUGACGAAAUACUUAUUCGGAUGAAGGGCGAGCAGGUGACCCCCAGGUACCUGGAGAGGCAUGGCUUCAACUACCCCAUCAUGGUCACUGAGAUGGAAGGCUUGGGACUCAAACUACCGCCUCCCACGUUUGGUGUCAGAGACGUGGAGCAGUAUGUCGGUGGCGACAAGGCCAUCGAUGUGAUCGAUGUGGCUCGACAAGCCGACUGCAAGAUGAAGCUCAGCGAGUUCAUCAAGUAUUUUACCAAACCCCAUCGACCCAAAGUCCUCAACCUCAUCAGCCUGGAGUUUUCUGAUACCAAGAUGUCUGAGCUGGUGGUGGUCCCUGACGUAGCGCAGAAGAUGUCCUGGGUGGAGAACUACUGGCCAGAUGACUCCUUCUUUCCCAAACCAUUUGUCCAGAAGUACUGCCUGAUGGGAGUUAAGGACAGUUACACGGACUUCCACAUCGACUUCGGCGGCACCUCUGUGUGGUACCACGUUCUGUGGGGGGAGAAGAUCUUCUACCUUAUCAAGCCCACUGCCACCAACCUUGCACAGUACGAGGCCUGGAGCUCUUCACCCAAUCAAAGUGAAGUUUUCUUCGGAGACAAGGUGGACAAGUGUUACAAGUGUGUCGUGCCACAAGGAACCACCCUGCUCAUCCCCACAGGAUGGAUCCAUGGCGUGCUCACCUCUCAGGAUUGCAUGGCAUUUGGGGGAAACUUCCUCCACAACCUCAAUAUUGGCAUGCAGCUCAGGUGCUACGAGAUGGAGCGUCGUCUCAAAACCCCAGACCUCUUCAAGUUCCCCUACUUCGAGGCCAUCUGUUGGUAUGUGGCCAAGAACCUGCUGGAGAUGCUCAAAGAGCUCCGAGAAGACAACUGCCCCCCGCCCUUCUACCUGACGGAGGGAGUGAAGGCUCUCAUCAGUGCACUGAAGACCUGGCUCAAGCGAGAGGUGACCGGGCCGAGCAGCGAGGUUCCUGAUAACAUCCGGCCCAACCAUCUGAUCAAAGAGCUGACCAAGGAGAUACGCCACCUAGAGGAGGAGCCAGUCGGUGGGAGCAAACCCGUGAAACCUCAAGGAAGUGUCUGCGGCACCAACAGCUGCCCGACCACCCGCUCCACCAUCGAGCGCCUGUUCCAGGCCCGGCGUGCUCGGCGCGCUGCCAGGCGUCUGCGUGAGCAGCAGCGCCAUGCGCCCAAGGUUCCCACCAACCUGGACAUCCUGGAGCUGCACACCAGGGAGGUCCUGAAGAGGCUGGAGGUGGGCCCACUGGAGGAGGACCAGGCCUUCUGCUCCAAGGUCCACGGGAAGCUCAACAAGGCGUCGACUGCGUCGGCAGCUGCUGCCACCGAGUCGCUGGAGGAGAAUCAUCUGCGCCUCAUGCUGGUCAACGGAAGAAUCAUCCGGGACAUGAGGCGGCCAGCAGGGAGCCCCCUGAAAACAGACGCCGACCUGGACCCAGGUCUGCCGGUCAAGGUGGAGCGGCUGCCGCAGGACGCAGAGCAGAGCGGUGGCUACAAACCCGUGGUCCUCAGCGAGUCCCUCAGGAGGGUUGCUGGGCUCCAGUGUGGAGGCCUGGAGCGAGUCAAGGCUGAACUCAGGGAGGGAGGCUCGCCGCACUCGGCCGCGUCGGACCUGGACUCGGACGCUGAUGCUCACGCUCUGCGCAACACUUCGCUGUCAUCGUCCUCUUCAUCUUCGUCAUCAUCCUCCUCCUCCUCCUCCUCCUCCUCCUCGGAUGAGGACUCCCAGAGCUCCCCGGAGGACGACGGCGCCAGGACGCAGCAGAACGGCUCAGGACACACCAUCCAGCUGCACCCGUCAGACCAGCACCUCAGGCACCAACACAAACCACUCAAGCGAGAACGUCCUACCUCACCCAGCACCGAAGACGCCAUUCAGGGGAUGCUGUCCAUGGCCGGCCUGCUCUGUCCCUCCAAGCCUGAGAAAGUGGGCCCGUCUCCGGAGCCCUGGUGGUCCAGCCCCAGCCACGGCUCUCCGCCGGAGGACGCCAGGAAGGCGCAGCUGCAGCGCCGCCUACAGGGGGAGUCCUACAGCCCCGUGGACAGUCAGGGCAACAGCAACGAGGCCUGGGACAGCCAGGGGCUCCAUAGCCCCCUGGGGCUGGACCACGGUGCCGUGCCGGACUCGGACUACCAGUACUGUGACCCCUCCAUGUCCCCACCGCUGCACCCGUCCAAGAGGCACGCACCGAACCCUCCGCCCGUCAGCAACCAGGCCACUAAAGGCAAACGGCCCAAAAAAGGAAUGGCCACGGCCAAACAGAGGCUGGGGAAGAUCCUGAAGCUCAACAGGCACAGCCGGGUCUUCGUGUGAGCCCAGGCCUGGAGAGGGGCGUGGCCACACCCGGGAGACAGGGUAUCCAGCUCCAAGCACAGACGCCACCAGGAAGUGUUACACUCUCUCCCCAGUCCCCACCCCUGCACUGACCUCUGACCCCUGCAGACGACGGCCAGGACGAAGACAGCUCUUUCAAAAUGGUGCUUAUUGUUCAUACCUGACCCCCCACCCCACCAUACCCCCAGCCCCUCCAUCCCACCAGCAAUAAAGGAUGAACUCAGUGCUGCCUCCUGCAGGUCGCCAGGGGAACCAGGAGUCCAAAAAUGAUCUAAGAACAGUAACGGCAUGACGUUUCUUAAUUUAUUACUUUAUUCUGUGAUUUUUUUUUUCCCUCAUGUUUCUCAAUGACGUAUUUAUUAAUUGAAAGAGAAUGAUUUUUAUUAUAUUUUGGCCCAGAAGUGGACUGGUUCUGAGCGUGUUUCUUCUUUUGUAUCUGCUGAGUCUGGCGGAUCUUUCCUCUCCUCUGUUGUAGCAGUUACUUCUGCGGCUUUUCUAAACCCACCUGAGGUCAGCGCCGCUCCUCCAGUAUUCUGAGCCACUGUGGUCGACCCAAAGUUCCGCCCUUCCAGGAGCUUUUCCGACUGGAAGAGUGAGGCCUGUUUUCCUACUUCGGUGUGAGGCGCGUGUGCGCAGCUCUUCGCUCUCAGGGAAUGAUGCCAUGGACUUCACCGAACCACCAGCCACGUCUCACCCCGGUCCAUCAGCUGUAGAUCUAGAGACCAUCUGUUUUAGCGAGUCACUCAAGCCACGUCACUUUCUUCCUUUGAUUUCCAACCUUGUGGGACUUGUUUGAAAAACAACAAAAAAAAAAAAAGCUUUGCUCAGGUUGACUCUAAGGGCACAUGACUCCAGGUGUGAUGGAAACAUGCUGGCGGGGCUUGUUCCUCACGUUUUCCAGGAUUUUUUAACUUUAUCUUUGCGUUUCUGUGCGUUGGUUUCCCUCGAUGUUUAGUUCUCCAUAUUUAAAUUGCUUGAUUUAAAAGAACACUGGCGUACUGUGACACUGUUGAUGCAUUUUGACUACAUUUCAGAAACUUGCUUGUAAAUAAAACAAAUGGAAAUAGUCGCCGCUUUUCUUCAGCUGACCUGACAGGAACACGCCAGGUCGCCAAGUCGCUGGAGGAAGGCAGGAGUUUUUGUUUUAGAACGUGGAGCUUCAGGCCUGAGCAGAAGGAUGAGUGGGAUGUUUGGAAACCAAAUCUCUGAAGCUGCAUGAAGGUCCUGGGUUUGGCUGAACCUUGGUCCUUGUGCGUGACAAGUUCUGAGCUUGGAUUCCUCAGGGCGCUCUGGUUUCCUCCCACAGAACAAGUUCUGAGCUUGCUUUCCUCUGUGUGCACUGGUUUCCUCCCACAGAACAAGUUCUGAGCUUGCUUUCCUCUGGGUGCUCUGGUUUCCUCCCACAAUACAGAGGGUAAGUGGUGACUCCAAACUGAGCUCAGAUUUGGUCAAAACUUGGCUUUGCCACACCAAAGAACUACACCGACAGAUGAACAUCCACUGUUUAUUAACUUAUGUACAAUAACGUCCAGAGUGAGGUCCAGCAGCUGCCGACCUGCAACAGAGAACUGCAGUGACUGAGGAACCCUGAGCACAGAGACGCAG